CUAAAUGGAUUCUUCGAUUGCGAAGCUAGCAGCAAAUGCUUGUUAUUUUACAAGCUAAAUGAAUCGACUCUUGUACAGUGAUAAAUACGGUGGGCUGCUGAGUUAUGAUACUUAACUACAACACAGUGGAAUUGGUAACCAUUUGCAAUGAUCUUCUGGUUUCGCAAUGGGGACCUUGUGCUUUUAGUCGAUACUAAAUUGGGAAAGGUGUCAAAGAAACUUGCAAUGCAAUCAAUAAAACCUUCCCAAAUUGGAAUGGAAAAAGAAGAACAAAUUAUUGUGCCUUCAGUCUUGAUUUCAGUUCAUAUGUAGUUUCUCUUGCUUUUGGCUCCAUUGAUCAUUUCUCCGUCUCCUCAUUUGCCGUUGUUAAUUUUGUUCUUUCAGUAUUUGACAGAAUGGCUCCACGAGGACGUCCCGGUAAGGGUCAGAUGCGUAUGGAUGCAGCUAUUGAUGCAAUGCAGAGCUAUGGGUUUCGCAGGGAACUGAUUGUCACUACUGUGAAAGAGCUUUUGAAUGUUUAUGGUAUGGAUGGAUGGCCAUUUAUUGAAGAGGCUUCAUACAGAGUCCUGCUUGACAAUAUGCUUGAAAAAGUUGAGGAAGAGGAGAAGAAAAAGGGUGAUUCCCUGCCAAGCAGCAAUGGCGGAGAUGGAAGCAAUGCCAAAGCAUCAUGUGCUGGGCCAUCAAGCGAGGUUCUUUUACCUACCUGCUCUAGUGAGGAGGCUAUUGCCUUUCAUUUGCAGGCUAAUGCAGAUCUGGGUAUGGCAUCAGAGAAAAAUAAUAACAAGACUCCAUUCACCGCAUUGCAGGCUGAUACAUCUGAAUACAAGGACAUCAACAUAGACCAAUGCUACAGGGAGAAGACAAUAAGCAAUUCCAGGGAAAGAAAUAUUGGCUCCCCAGAAGUAGUGGAAGCUCUUCCAAUUCGGUGGCGUAGACCUUACCAUGGAUGGAUUAGUAGUGAUGAUGAUGAGGAACUUGUGGAACUAACACCAGCACCAUUAGAUGAGACAUUUGCAAAGAUAUUAAAUUCUACAGAUGUUUCCAGGAAGGGCAAGAGAAGAUGGGAUGCCAGGCGUCAAGACAUAUAAACUUAUGUAGAACUAUCGCCUUGAUCGCAAGAGAAGGUUAAAGUUAACCAUGAUGAUGUAGUGGUUUUAGAAUUGUUGAUGUAUCUCUUACACUAUAUUAGAACCACUCAUAUUGCCAUAUAAUUUUUUCGUGCCUCAGAUUAUGACCAACUUUUUUCUUAUC